CCACACCUGAUGCAGCGUGCUGCGCAGAUGCCAGUGAAAGUGCCGUAGAGAGGAGACUGCAAACCGUCCGCACAAUGAGUGGUGAUCUUUGCCGACGCCAGGAGGAGCGCCGCAACUGACGGUGGAGGCGGCGCGACCUGCCUGCCUAUCCAUCCAUUUCCAUCAGCACACAUCCAUCCAUCAGCUGCUGUUGUUGCGAGUGCGUGAGUGAGUGCGUGUGGUGAUGGCGCCCGAGCGAGGAGCGGAGCCCAAGGGUCGGCUGGAGGAGCUGGUCUUCUGCAACUUCAAGAGCUAUGAGGGCGAGCGCCGCUUCGGACCCUUCAGACGAUUCACAGGCGUCAUCGGACCCAAUGGAUCAGGUACUCACGUCACGUGAGCACACACCUGCACGGCUGAUGGAUGGAUUGAUGUGGCUGCAAUGUGUGUGUGUGUGUUGCGGUGUGUUGUGUGUGGUGUGUGUUGUUGUGUUUGGGUGCACUGCAGGCAAGUCCAACGUGAUGGACGGCAUAUCGUUUGCGUUGGGGGUGCAGUCCCGUCACCUGCGGGGCAGCAAGCUCGAGGACAUGGUCUUCAGACGCGAGGAGGAGGAGGACAUCGCAGCGCUCAAACGAUCGUACGCCUAAUGUGUUGGGUGUGUUGGAUGUGUUGGAUGUGGCUAUGUGUGUGUGUGGGUGCGUGGCUGGUUUGGAUUGAUUGCAGUGGUUGGGUGAAGCUUCGUUUCCGCACCGCGGGCGACGAGAUGGUGGAGUUCCAGCGACAGGUCAAAUACGACGGCACUUCCAAAUACCUCAUCAACGGACACGUACUCAACCACUCAAGCCACGGCCGGAAACAACGCAGACGAAGCACAGACAGACGAGUGGUGUGUGUGUGUGUGUGUGUGAGUGUGUGUAGGUGACGAAGCGGGAGGACUACGAGUCGCGUUUGGGGUCCUACAACAUACUGGUCAAGAUCAAAAACUUCCUCGUCUUCCAGGUGGGUGGGUUGGUCAGAGGUGGCCGCACAGCACACACUCCUGCACCGCACCCUGCUCUCUCUCUCUCUCUCUGUGUGUGUGUGUGUGUAGGGUGACGUUGAGCGUGCGGCCCAGCGGUCGCCCGAGGAGCUGUCGCGGGAGAUCGACGAGCUGUCCGGAUCGUAAGCCGUACCACACACACAACACACAAUACUGCGCCCAUCCAUGUGUGUACUUCAUGUGUGUGUGUGUGUGUGUGUGUGCAGUGGUGCGUUUCGCGAGGAGUAUGAGGACCUGAAGAGGCAAAGACAGCUCGACCAAAACAGACUCACGUACGCAGCUGUGCACCACACACACCCUAAGCAGACAGACAGACAGACAGACGGACAGACGUGUGUUAGUGGGCACCCAUCUCUCUCUGUGUGUGUGUGUGUAUAGUAUUCUGUUCAAGCAGCGUCAGGCGAUGCACAAGGAGGAGAAGCUGCUGAGGCAGAUGAAGAACGAAGCAGAGGAGUGGAAAAAGAAACAAGAGCAACAGGCGCGCUGGCGGGCCGACACACCCACCACCGCCACCACCACCACCACCACGCCACCACGGAUCCCCCUGCCUGUGUUCUGUGUGUGUGUCAGUAUGCCAAGAAGGGCCAGAAGCAGCUGUUCCGUCUGCUGUGCAUCGACAGCAACCUGCAGAAGCUCUGUGAGAAGAUCGAGGGCAAAGAUGACAGCCCCGGACUCCAGUAAGCCAACACAAACACACACACACACACACAGACAAAAUGGGCAUCCCAUCCACGUGUGUGUAUGCGUGCGUGCAUUCUGUGUGUCAGGUCUCGUCUCGAGGAGGCGCAAACCACCAUGGAGGAGGCCGCCGCACAAGUCAAAGAGGUGAAGAAGUACCAACCCUCCCCCGCCCCCCCCCUCCCCCCCGAUGGAUGCACUCGUGUGUGUGCCUGUGUGUUGUGGUCGUCAGUUGGAGAAGAGCAAGGCCGCGCUGCACAUCGAGGCCACCAAGGCGGCCAAGGCCGUCACACGCAUCAGAAACGAACUCAAAGACAUCGUACCGUACACGCGCGUGUCCAUCCGAUGCAUGCUGUCUGUCCAUGUGUGUGUGUGUGUGUGUGUGUAGGCAUCUGAGCUGACGCCCACUCAGCAGCGUCUGGAGUUUGCCGAGAAGCAGAAGGUGGAGCUGGAGGCCAAACUCAAGAAGGAAGCCGAGAAGAGCGAGUCGCUCGAGAAGCGCAUACAAAAGGUCCGCGACCCCCACCCCCACCCCACACCCUCACACGCGCGCGCACAAGGAGACGGCACACUGAUGCGUGUGUGUUUGUUCAGUUGGAGGAGCUGAUCAAGGAGUCCGAGGAGAGGUUGGCAGCGAUCCGGCAGCAGGAGCCGCGCGACCUCGACAUGACCCGAGAGCAGGAGGACGUACGCACACACUCCAACAACAAUCAACUCGCCACACCACACCGCUCCUCUCUACAUGUCUCUGUGUGUGUCUGGUGUGCGUGUAUGUGUGUGUUUAGGAGUAUGAGCGCAUCAAGGAGAUUGCAGAGCGGGAGACGGCACCAGCGGUGAGAAGGACAAAGGGAAAGGAAGAGAGAGAGGAACACGGCACGUGCGUGUGCGUUCUAUGAAUCAGCGUCAGUCCCGUUCGCACCACCAGAAGGACCUGUCGGAGCUCAAAUCAAAGAUCAACGCGGUAUACACCGUUGGGUGAAGUGCCUUGCCCGCACGCACUCCUGCACACACAUGUGCACCUGCGCGUCUGUAUGCGACUUUGCAGGUGGAGACGGACAUCCAGGACGGCGAGAGCAAGCUGAAGCGGGUCAGCUGACCCAACCCACGCUAUGCGCCACAAAGGUGUGCCUUGUGUGUGUGUGUGUGUGUGGCGUGUGUUCAGCUGGAGGGCGAGUUGGAGAAGGCGCUCGAGGAGAAGAGCAACACCGAGCAACACAUACAGCAGAGAACGGUCGGUCAGGCACCACAGCAACACCAUCCACACACACACACACGUGUCCUCCCUGAUGUGUGUGUGUGUGUGUGUGUGUGUGCAGACUGACCUGGACACCGCGCGGAACGAGCUGCAGGACAAGAGCAACACAUUCGACGUACGCCAGCCAUCCCCCGACCACUACUACACACCCCACCCUGUGCACACACCCAUCGUGCCUGUUGGUGUGUGUGUGUGUGUGUGUCGUGUCAUCAGACGGCCUUGAAGCGCAAGGGCGAGCUCGAGCAGCGCAUCCAAGCACUCAAUGACAAGAAAAUGAGCUGCUCUGCCAGCAAGGUAGCCCACCUUAGCCCCUGCCGACACACAACACACCCACACACACACCCACACACACACACUCGCACGCGCGUCUGUGUGUGUGAAUGGUUCGCCCGUCGAUCAGCGCAUGAUAGAGAAGGAGCGCGAGCAGCAGCGCCUGAUAGCUGAGAUGAAGGAGCACGUGCCGGGAGUGCACGACAAGCUCUUUAACCUCCAGAGCUGCCCACAGCACAAGCUCAGGGUGGCUGUGGCGGCCGCCCUCGGCAAGUGGGCCGACCACGUCGUUGUCAAUGACUAUGAGACCGCAAAGGUGCGUCCGCCCUGGAAGGAAACAUCGCAAAAGGCCGUACGCUCCCUCUCUGUCUGUGCACGUGUGUUGUGUGGAUGGUGCGUUUGUGUGUGUCAGCGUGCGAUUGAGUUUCUCAAGAAGAAGCCGAAAGCUGGUCAGAUGGACUUCCUGCCCCUCAACACCAAGACCAAAAAGACCGACCCACGGUCGCUACACCACACACACAAGACACACACAACACAUGGAUGUGUGUUGGUUGUUCUCGUCUCGUCAGUCUGCGUGACUUUGGCUCGAAGUGUCGCGCGGCGAUCGACUGCAUCCAAGUCAAGGACGAGGCGUACCGAGGCAUCUUCGAGGCAAGACACCAAAGGCACACCCAGGCACACACACACACACACACACACAACUACAUAUAUGUGUGUGUGUGUGUGUGCAGAAAGCGUUGGGCGACACGGUCAUCACGGACGACCUCGAGGAGGGCAGACGGAUCGCAUUCCAGUAACCUCCCCCACUUACACACACACGCACACACAGAUGAUGGGCGCUUGCCAUGCAUCUGUGUAUGUGUGUGUGUGUGUGUGUGUGUGUGCAUGGAUCAGGGUGUGUCCAGCUCAGAACCUGCGUGUGCGUGUGGUGACCCACCGGGCGGAGAUCAUCAAGAAGAACGGAAACAUGUCCGUCGACAGCUCGGUCAGCCCGCACCCCCCCACCCAAGCCCCCCACCCACACCACACACAAUGGAUGGCUUCUCUCCAAUGUUGAGUGUGCGUGCAGGCCGGCGAGGGUGGCGGUCGCUUUGAGGCGUCUGAGCUGGAGGUACUGAAGUAACAAGACCACACACCGAACGCGCUCAACGCCGCACCGAGCAACGCGCUCUCCAUCGUGUGCAGGCCAUCGAAACUGAGUUGGAGGCCCUCACCAAGGAGUACGGCGACAUCGCACACAUAGAGGUGAGUGGGCAACACGAAGAUGGUGCAAACGGCCACGUGUGAGAUGCGUGUGCUGUGUUGUGCGUGUGGUGCAGUUGACAGGUUCUGGCGAGCGUGAGGCCCUCGAGCGCAAGAUACGGCAGCUCGAGACCAUCAUCCAGACACAAUCCACUCGGCUCGACGUGCGUUGACCCUCACACCCCGCCCCCCAACACCCACACACAUGUGCCCAUCUCCCUCUCUCUCUCUGUGUGUGUGUGUGUCUGCGGUGUGUGCAAUCAGCAACUGGGUGUGUCGAUCAAGGGCAAGGAGCGGGACCGCAGCAAGACCACCGACAUCGUCAAGAACGACAAAGCCAAGCUCGACCAGCUCAACAAACAGAGGGAGGAGUGCGAGGCCAAGAUAGAACAGGUAGGUCGCCACCCACCAUACGCGACACACGACUGCGUGAUAAUCCGCACAAGUGUGUUUGUGUGUGUGUGUGUCUGCCGGUUUGUGCAGUUGUCUAACGAGAUUCUGGAGUCCGAGAAGGGUCACUUCGCCGAGCUCUCGGCAGCACUCGGGGUGGACGACGUCAGAAAGGUAGACAUCCAAACCUCACCCAGCAAAUACGUUGAUGCGCGUGUGUAUCCGUUCGUUCGUUGUAUGUGCUGUGCAGCUGGACGACGACAUCCGGAAGGAGAAGAAGCGCCGCGAAGAGGACGAGUCCAAACUCCAAAGACAAAUCGCAAAGAACAAGUAGCCAUCCCCCACAUACCACUCCCUCUCCCUUUCCCCCUCCCCCACCCCCACAAACACACCUGCGCUCUCUCUCUCUCUCUGUCUCUCUCUCUCUCUCUCUCCGUCCGUGUCUGUGUGUUGAUCAGGACCGAUUUGGCCAACUGCCAGCGCACCCGUCAGACGGUGGGCGACCCUGCGAAGCUGCAGGCGAGUGUGGACAAGGUCGAGUCGGACAUGAUAGCGCUCAAGGAGAAGGAGGGCAAGCUCAAGAAGGACAAGAUGGACAAGGAGGGGAGGCUCAAGGACAAGGAGAAACAGGCCAAGGAGAAGAAAGACGCGCAGGACAAGCACGACAAGGAUAUCAAAAAGUGAGUGAGCUCUGCGAAUGAAUGGGGAUAACGGGGGGGGAAGGUCGGUGACUGAAUAUCUCCCUCGGCCUCCCUCUCCGUCUGUCUGUCUCUCUGUCUGUCUGUGUGUGUAGGCAUCGUGAGACCCUCCGUGUCAAGCAGAAGGCCAAGACAGAACUCGAGAACGAACUCGCCAGUGCGGUGAGACGAGACAGACCUACGCGCCCCCCACCGACCCCCACACACACACACGCCAUUGCCUCUGUCUGUCUUUCUUUCUUUCUUUCUUUCUGUCUGUCUCUCUGGUGUCUGUGUGUGCAGCGGAAGCGCAUCAACCAGUGCUAUGUAGAGAUGGUGGACAUCAUCCGGCAGUGCCUCAUGGAGCAGGUCAAGAUACCACUCACAGUCGGAUCCAUGGACGCAUUCAGGUCAGCACCCACCCUACCUCAUCGCCUCCUCCUCACUCCACACACCAUCUGUCUGUCAUGAUGGCUGCAGGCCUCUGUUGGACGAGGUAGAGGUGCUUGACCGCGUUGCCGGGGCCGCCACCCCCUCCCAGACGCCGUCGCUCACCCUCAACGACUCGCACGACGCUCCGGAGGGCUUCGACGCGCUCCAGAAGAAGUUCAUGGAGUGCUGCAAGAACCUCUCGGGGGAGGGGGGCGGCUUCGACUACAACAACCUCGGCGAUGAAGUAUAUGCCGCUGCGGUGAGCAUGGAGGGGGAGAGGUCGGCGCAUCGACCAUCCCUCCAUCUCUCUCUGUGUGUGUGUGUGUGGGUGGGCGGUGGUAGGGCAAGGGUGCCGAUGCGAUUCAGCAGCAGCUGGAUGAGUACGACAAGGAGAUCGAGGCCAUCCAGGCUGAGCUUGACAAGACCAAGCCCAACAUGAAGGCCGAGGAGAAACACGACGAGGCCAUGCAGCAACUCAAGGUCAGUCAGUCGGGGCAAACAACCAGCCACUGGGCCUUACACACACCCUUUGGUGUGCCUAUGUGUCUGCAGAAGCUGGAGAAGGAGUACAACAAGGCGCAGAGGGACAUGAGAGGUGCGGUGCAGUCUCCACGACAGAGACACACAGAGAUGUGCACACACACAUGAAUAGAUGUCCUUCUCUCUCUGUGUGCUUGUCUGUCUGUCUGUCUGUGGUGUGUGUCUGUCCAUCCCGUCAGCGACUGACCAGGAGUGCAAGGCCCUGCGCAAGAAGCGCCACGACCUCUUCCGCAAAUGCUUCAACAAAAUCAAACAGGAAAUCAAAAUGUAGAGAGCGCCAUACACCCAUACCACCCACACCACACACCACACACACUCUCUCUCUGUGUGUGGUCAGCAUCUACCCCGAGGUCACCAAGUUCGAUGACAACGACGUGGGCGGCAACGCCUUCCUCGACCUCGAGGACGAAUCCAACGAAGAAGUCUUCAACGUGUACGCCUCACCCCCACAGACGCAAAGGCCCACACGCACGCACACACACACCCCACAUGAGCAUAGCACGUGCGUGCUCUUUGUCAGGCCGGUCAAGUACCAUGCCAUGCCGCCUGCCAAGCGCUUCAGAGACAUGUCCCAGGUGGGUGGGUCCACCUAUGGGCAGACAGGCAUACGGGAACCCCACACGGAUGUGUGUGUGUGUGAUAUGGUCACUCAGUUGAGUGGUGGCGAGAAGACCAUGGCGGCUUUGGCGCUGCUGUUCGCCAUCCAGCGCUUCAGACCCGCGCCAUUCGUAGUCCUAGACGAGGUCGAUGCCGCACUCGGUAACUACGCACACAAAUGCGCCCAUGCCAUCCCGCGCACUCAUCGAGACGGACCGCUGUUUGUGUUGUGGUGUUUGUCUUCUUCUGUCAGAUCCGCGCAACGUGUCGUCGCUCGCCCGCUACCUCCGCAAAGCCCGGUUCCAGUGCAUCGUCAUCUCACUCAAAGACAAGUACACCCACAACACAACACACCCAACUGGCACACCCACGCACACGCCCAUCCACUCUGUGUGUGUGUGUGUGUGAGUGUGUCAGGUUGUUUCGCGAGGCCGACAGUCUGGUGGGCAUCCACAAGGACCCCGAGGAGCAGACCUCCGACACCCUCACACUCGACCUCACCGAAUUCGACGCGCCGGCCGAGCGCAAACGCCGCAAGCAGGAGCAGCAGGGCUCACAACGAGACGACGACCAAGAUGACCAAGAUGACCAAGAUGACGACCAGGAGCCCGACCAAGACGACGAGCAUGACGACCCACCAUCACCAGCAGCACCAGCAGCAGCAGCGGCCGCCAUCGGCAAUGGAGAUGACGCACAGAUGAUGAAUGGCGUGGCGGGGCACGACCACGGCCAUGAUGGCGAGGAGCAGAACGGUGUGGACGGCCAUGACAUGGAGGUGGACAUGGUCAACGGGCAGCAGCAGCAGCAGCAGCCUGAGGAGGACGAGAACAUGGGCGGCGAGGGAGGCGGUGGCGGUGAGGGUGACGUGGACAUGAACGGUGUGGCGGAGGAGGGCGAUGGUGAGCAGAUGCAAGAUGAUGACGACAACUGACCCUACCCACACAACCACUCGUCCACACACACACACACAUACUCACUGGGUGGGAGAGAGGGGAGGGUAUCGCAGCGAGCCAGACGGCCAUGUGGUUCCAUAGUGGGGAGGGAGAUCGGUUGGUGGGGUACUGGCUAACUCAGACACACACAAAGACAGACAGACAGACAGACAAUCACGUAGGCAGACCGGCAGACAAGCGGCUACUGUAUUAGAUGUACACCUACGCACUCACUCUCUUACUGACUCAUUGAUUGGUUAAGGUGUCCUUCCUCUCCCUCUCUCUCUCCCUCUCUUGUGCAGGUGGCUAGCCCCGGCUAUGCCAUGCCAUGCCAUGACCUUCCUCCCUCUUCCUCCUCUCUGACCGAUCGCCCUGUCUGUCGACCGACCUGUCCGGCUCUGCAGCUGCGUUUUUGACAUGCGUCAGUGUCCUUCUCUGUUGAUUCUCGGUUGCUGGCUGGAGAUGGUUUGAUGCAUGCGAGGACAAGCCGCAUGUGUCGAGCCAUCCACAGCAGGCGCCCUGGCAUCAGCAGCGAGGGAGGGAAGGACGAAAGAGCAGUCGUGACGACCGACUAUCUACCCCUUAUUUGUGAAUACAUGCAGACAGACAGACGGACGGCCUUGACUGACAUGGGAUGGGUGGUGUGCGCGUCGGUUUUUCUCCCCUGAUCGACUGACUGGUCGCGUCACUGCCGACAGCAUGCGAAGGUAACAGGCGUGGUGUGCUGCAUUGUGUUGUGGUGCUGCUGUCGUGUCCAUCAGGCGAGAAAGACAGGCGCGUGCGCCUACCUACCCAGACACGCACGUGGAUAUGAUGUACUUGGUGGAAUGUGAGCUGUGGGACUAUCCACCUGUCUAUCGCUCGCUUCGCUUGAUGUGCAUCCUAUCCUGUGGCCGCCAGACGCAGCACAUGUUGGUUGAAUGAAUCCGUUGAUGACUGUGUGGACCCCUGUCCGUCCAUCCAUCCAUCCACUGUCGUCCCAACAAACAUCUUGUUGUGUGUGAGAGUCUCGAACGAAUGGGUUGUGUGAUACUUGAUGACGCCAUGCACGCACAGGGUCGGUCCCAUGCACAAAUUUCAUGAAUGUGGUGUUCGCGCAUCUCAUACAGCUGUACAGCACAUGCAUGGCGUCAGCUCAGAAUCGCUGC